AUGGAGUGUGAGCCAGAAAGGAACUCGUUGCCAAGCAGGCGAGUUUCCCAAGUGGGCAAAGUGCCACUCUCGGAGCAACAGACACCUCCCCAAACUGCCCCUGCUCUGCAGGGGACCAGGCAUUUCAGUCCCCCGAGGACUGGCCGCGUCUUCCGGCGUGGACUGCCCUCUCGCCGCCCACCCUGGGUGCUGGUGCUCACGCACCCCCCUCGCCUGGCGCACCGCUCGGCAGGGCCGGACCGCGGUGCCGCCGAUAGUCCUCCAGCUCCAAUCCGCCUCGGCCGCUGCGGGCGGUCCUUCCCGGGUCCGGAGCAGCCCUGUUCUCGGCCCGGGGUCGACCCGAGCGACCUUCUCGGCGCGGUGAGGGCACUUCCACUUCUUCCCAACCCACGACCCGCUCGACGUGAGCCGCCCGAGUUCCAUUCUUCUGGCUGCGGCAGCCUCUUUGUCCUCACAGGGGGUCAGGUGGAGACCACCCGCCCCGGGCGGCACGGCCGAGCCUGUUGCACCAGGAGCCUCCCGCCCUGGGGCCCUCGCCUUGGCGCCCCCUGUCCGCGGCCCUCCCCCCACUCCGCGGGUCAGGGAGGCAGGGGGAGCGACGCCGAGACGCCGGAACCGCCCGGGCCCCGAGGGAAGCGCCGCGGCCCCGAGGUGGGCUCGCCGCGGGGGCGGGGGCGGCGCAUCCGGGUGAGCGCGCGGCGCCCCCGCCUCCCCCGCGCAGCCGCACGGGCCGCCGCCUCCGCCGCCGACUGCGCCGAGCGCUGCGAGGACCACGCCCGGGAGUCUGCGCGGGCGGCCCUGCGCCCCGGUCGGCCACCCCGAGGCGGCCCCGAGCGAGCGGCGGCGACAGCGGCAUGCGGAGCGGCCCGGAGUAGCGCGCCCAGCCCGCGAGGCCCGGCGUGGAGGCGGGGGCGGGAGCGGCGGAGGCGGGGCCCACUCCGGGCCCGCCCGCCCGCCCGCCCGCCCGCCAGGGGAGCCGCCGGCAGUGGCCGAGGAGGCGGCGCGGCGGACGGCGGCCCGAGAAGAGUGCCCGCGCUGCGGCCCGCGGGACCGCGCUGCGACCGCCCGGGCGGCCCCUGGAGCUCCCGCCGCCGCUGCCGCCGCCGCGCCGCGCGGACCGAGGUACUCCUAGAAGUUGUGCACAAGUCUUCUCUCAUAUCAACUAGAACAGCGCUGCAAGGGAUGACAGAGAAGAAUGCUGGCAGCAUCUUCAAGACACAGGAGAUGAAGGCCCCUGCCCCUGCCCAAAGGACGCAUUGAACAUGGUAGGAGCAUGGCCAGUCCAGA